AUGCGAAUUACCAGCCGCAUACACACAUUUUCCAGGUCAAUCAUUUUUCUGGGAAGUUCUUACAUCGUAUCAAAACUUGUCAUUUCUCAACGCGAGAUACCAACUCACCUCAUUACGUUGAAUGGUGAUGAUGAAUCCAUUGAUGGGGCCCCUAUGUCUCGGGACAUCUCUGCCAGAGAUAUCGACCCUGCAAAGCUUACCUCCUUACUACGAGACAGGUAUGGAAGCGGGUCAUACAAUGUUCACAACUCAUUGGGGCCAGUUGAUGCACAAUAUGUACAUGAUACGAGCUCCGCGACGACGUUCGGUAGUGAGUAG